UGUGAGGUGGAAGUUUUUCCUCUUUCCACGUUCAGUAAUCUGACACCCAAAAGACUCAGCGAGCAGAAGGAUGGACCCUUAACUCGGCUGGCAGGACGGAAGGAAGGAACACUCAUCCAACGAGCGCAAACCGAGCAGGGACUGAGCAGAAGCGAGAACGCUGUGCGUAAAAAAACAACAACCCAACAACCCCGUGGCUGCGGCAGCGGAGGAGAGCUCGGGGUGCCUGCGCGUCUCCAGAAUAACUGUCCGUCCGCCUCAAAUGCUCCCAAAGCGACAACUUUCACUUUCCACAUGCGGAUGGGUGACUUUCCACGGCGCUUUGUGAGGAGGAGAUGAUGAAGAAUUUCAACAGCAGUCCCCUUCACAGCAACAACCAGACUCCCAACCACGUUAGAGAGCGAAACAACAAAAAGUACGGCUUACUCUCUGCUGUACCGCUGCGAUUUUCCGUGCGAGGUUAUGGUUUCUGCAUGGCUACGCUGUUCCUCUUCUGUUUCGGCUCCCUUUUUUACCAGCUGAACGGAGGACCUCCUAAAAUCCUGCUGGACAUCCGACAGUAUCUCGGUGAAUCCACAUAUCUGGAUGACCACGGUCCCCCUGCUCCACGAGUACUCCCGUUCCCGAGCCAGGUGGUUUAUAACCGUGUGGGGAAGUGCGGCAGUCGGACGGUGGUCAUCUUGUUGAAAUUACUCGCUGAACAGCAUCAGUUCAACCUGGUCUCCUCUGACAUCCACAAUAAAACUCGCCUCACCAAACAUGAACAGGUGGAUCUCAUGAAAAACAUCAGUAUUAUCCCUCAGCCAUUCCUCUAUACGCGGCAUGUUCACUUCCUCAACUUCACCAGGUUUAGGAUAGAGCAGCCGGUCUAUAUCAACAUAAUCCGAGACCCCAUCAACCGGUUCGUCUCCAACUACUUCUUCCGUCGCUUUGGUGACUGGAGGGGUGAGCAGGCCCACCUCAUCCGCACUCCAGGGAUGAAAGAUGAUGAGAGAUACCUGGAUAUCAAUGUGUGUAUUCUAGAGAAUUACCCAGAGUGCUCCAACCCCAGAGUUUUCUACAUCAUUCCCUACUUCUGUGGACAGCAUCCUCAAUGCAGGGAGCCAGGAGUUUGGGCUCUGGAGCGAGCCAAGCAGAAUGUGCAGGAGAACUAUCUUCUUGUUGGUGUCCUGGAGGAGCUGGAGGAUGUUCUGCUCAUGUUGGAGAGGCUUUUACCUCAUUACUUUACUGGAGUGCUCAACAUCUACAAGAGCCCUGACCAUAAGAAGAUGGGGAACAUGACAGGCACAGUUCGUAAACACACACCCACUCUGAAAGCCCUGCAGGUGCUUUACCACCGCAUGCGCUAUGAGUAUGAGUUCUACAACUUCAUCCGAGACCAGUUCCACCUCAUGAAGAAAAAAAUCGGCCUCAAGUCUGUCUCCCAACCCCCUGCCCACCCGCCCGCUUUCCUACGAGAGCUGGCCCUCCAAACUCCAGAGCCUCUGGAUGAAGACGAGGAGCUGGAUACGGACCUGGAGGAUGCCAACAGCUGGCUGGUCAAUCCCUAAGAGCUGUCUGAUGAAAAGUGGAUGUAGCCAAAAAAAAAAUAGCUGGUGGCUAGAAUUGGCUGGAGAUAGCUGGAGGCAGCCUGAGGGCUAAGGGGAGCUUUCCCCGUCUCUCAGCAUUCCUAAAGAAAGUGAGGUGUGUUUAGGGGUGUGUGGAUCCUGAUGCUUGUGUUUUUACGGGCUCUGCUUUCAAUCUGCAAUAGACUCCGAUCAUGACAGGCUCAGCACUGAGGACUAUAGGGUUGAGUAAUUGGAAGGACAAAAUGCUCUAUUUAAAAAAUUGACGAAGGACAGCGGAAUAUAAUGUUAAGCUCAACUUGCUUGACUCGAGUUUUCUUAUGAGCUGGUUUUUGGGUUCAUUUAUGUAAAAAAAUAAAAAUAAUAAAAAAUAAAAAUAUUGCUGUAAUCUCCAGGAGAGAUUAGCGCAACAGGUGGAUAGCUAAACAUGUUGGGAAAUAUUCUAACUGUUGGUCGCUGGGUGUUUACUGUAAGAGAGGACUUCAAAGACAUAGCCCAAGAAAGAGGUUCAAACUUUAUGAAAGGGUUAAUGUCCUAAAAGCUGUAUUGGGAAAUGGUAUCCACAAAUAAAACAAGUACCAAAACCCUUUUUUUGUAUAUUAGUUGUCUAGGACUGUUGCAAGUGCCAAACCUCGCUUUGAGUUCCAGUAACUGACAGGAAACCUCUGUGCACAGCUGGUGGAGUUGUGAGAUGAUUUGUAAAAUAUUAUUAGGUAUAAAUGAGGGUUAGACAGCAAGCACUCAAUUAUGAAUUCAAAGAAUUCCAACUGUGUGUGCAUGAAUGAUUGAGUUUGACCAAACCAGCAGUUUAUUUUAGCAUAGAUUUAUUAUUUGGGACAGGUCAUUUGUUUUCGAGUCAAACACUAAAAAGAAUUUAUGGAGUUUGUUCAAUCCAAAGUUUCAAAGAUUGAGAUUGCCAAAUACUGAAGCUUCUACUGCAAUGCAUUUUAAAACUGUAUGAAAAUACUGCACUUUUUCUGAGGUGACUUUUCCUAAAAUUCUGCAGCAAAAUGAGGGAUUUGGUCACAAAACUGGAUACUAAUUUACCUUUAAUCUGAAAUGGGAUUAUGUUACUGUUGAAGGGUUUGUUUUCCCUCUCAAAAUAUUAUCAUGAAAGCGUGUGAUGUGUUACCAAUUCUGGCUAACACUAACUUUUAAUCCUCCAGCAGCUAUUCAGAGUGCAUGUUUGUCAUGUACAAAUCAUCCAGAGAACAGUAACCAUAAGCUAAUAUGUGACUGUCAUCUGCGUAGUUCACUCUACCAUCCUAAUCUCCAUCGUCCGUACCUUUUCAUUGUCCUGGUUUGUGUUCAGUGUUUCCUUUUUUGCCAGUUUAAUUUAUUAUUUUGUAUUCAUUUGCAUUCCAGAUAAGAUUCUCAGGAAGGAAAAAAAGAUGUUUAAUAACUUGAUGAUUUGUAUCUUUGGUUUCUGGUGGCUAUGAAACUAUUCUUGGUAUUUUAAGGUUGUCUAAAAUGGGUUUAUAUCUAGAGCUGAAAACAUGUUAACAACAACUAAUGCAGUCCAUUGUUUUACAGUCUUUCAAAAUAAAUGUCCUCUAACUAUUGCA